CAUAUGCCAUAGCAGCAAAUGAAAAUGUGGCAACACAUUUAAAUUACAAUUAAAGCAAAUGGGGCUGAUAGUUUGCAGCAACCCCUAGAAAAUAUAAUAUAUAUAGUAUAACAAUAAUAUAAAUCUGUUUCAAGAUCUGGCAGCAGUUUUACCAAUAAAUCACAAAAAGAAGCUUCAACAGGAAAGACCAUCUUAUUAUUAUGGUGGAGUCUAAACUCCUAAACUUCUGGGAUCUUUUGCUAGUGGUGGAAAGUUACUAAGGUAACUUAAAGAGGUAUAAGCUACUUCAGAAGUCAUAAAAUUGUUCAGAUAUUAUCAAUAAAAAAACAACUUCACCUGUGCAUUUUACGGGCUCACGGUAAUCACAAGUCUGGAGAAAGCGAGAAAUCUCCUUUCUGUAAUUGAUUUAAAUUUUUAAACAUUUUUAGACCUCUUGAGAAGGUACAUGGACAGAAUUGCAGAUAUAACCCAAAAGAAACCAAAAUAAAGCGGACAGUUGUUGUCAGGUAAUGUGUAAAUAUAAUUUGUAUACUAUGCAAAACAAAUGUAAUUAGUUAAUCCAGCCAUCUAUGUUUAGGAGUAUAUUCCCUACUGGUUUCCUGUCAUUCUUUGACCAGUAUGACUGUGAAAAUAAUAUUAAAUAGAAUCAUAGGUGGUAUUAAAAAGGUAAUUUUAGUUUGGUGAACACUGUAGAAACCCUGAACCAAGAUAACCAACAUUCAUCAAGAAUGUUGUUGCUUACUUUUCUUUUUCAAGCCCAUAUUUUCUCACAUUAUUCUAUGCAUAGUGAGCUUAGAAGUAUGACAUUAUGUGAUAUGUACUGUAUGUAGAAUUUAAACAUGCGUUGAAAAAGUGGAAAAGUAUCUGCUGCUUGAAAACCAAAAGUAUAGACAGACUAUUUGCAAUUUUACUGUGAAUAAUACUAGAAUUUCCAAGGUCAUCGGAAGAUAUAAAGGACUGGAGAGAAACCAGAGGAUUUGCAACCUCUGUAAUGACAACCGUCUGGAAGACCAGUACCAUAUUUAGUUUGACUGUAAGAAUGUAAGAAGGUAGCCUAAAUUGAUGGUUUCUGACUGAUGUUUUGGGCUUUCUAAAAACGUCUCACUAAUUCAGAUGUCCGGCUAAUUCCUCUGUAUGAGCUCUGUGUCCCGCCUCCCCAGGGAGACUUAAAUCAGCGUUUCUGUGACAGGACGUCUGAGUGGCAGCAACGCCCCCAAUCAGCACCUAAUAAUAACUCCACUCAACAGAGGUCAGCUCCUCCUCCAGCUCUGAAGGGGCCCUGCUGGAGGGGUUUCCUCUGCUAAUAUACACAUGAGAGCCAAGAUGAGUGAGUGAAAUGUGAAAAUAUUUGCACAAACUUAUUAUUGACAUCAUAAGUUGAAUUUGUGUCAUGGAAAACUAUUAGACUCAUUAUAAUUAAGACAUAAAUCUAGUGAAAUCUGACAGUUUCAGCCAAUCAAGGCACAGACAGGGGGACUCCAAACAGUUUCGGGGGAGGCUACCUGAAUGGAAAUAUUAGUUAUUACAUUAGUCAUCAAAAGGAGAUCACAUAGAAUAGCCUAAAUGUGUGUUAUUUGGUGAAAGAGAGAGUUCAGAGAUGCAGUAUAGCUUUGGGGAAGUUUACCGUCUGUCCCGGAGUCUGAAGCUAAUAAAUGCUUCAGGACAGACCUUUUGUAGUCUGAUGUUAUGUCAAACAGGAAUAUUACAAUAGAUAAUUGUUGAGUCUCUUUUGGAUCAAAUAACAUUAUCAUAACAUGAUAAUGAUUCCAUAGAGAAACUAAGACAAAAAACUAACAGCUUUGUCUGAGGGGAGGCCCACAGUCCCAGACUUUGAAAACCCCAGUAUUAUACUAAAGUUAUUAUCAGGACUCGCAGGAAAGAUGCAAAAUAACUACAAACAGUAGAUUAUUGAUAAACACUGUCAAUACUGCUCUAUCUCGACAUGCUCUUUAUGUUUGACUCUUCUAAACUAGAGGAGUAAAUGUAAUGUUCUUGUAGUUACGCUCUAACAAUUCACACGUAGUAAAUCAAACUUCAGAAUCGACACUACAGCAGUAGUAAAAGUACGCAAGUAUAAGUGUAACAAGUUGUGGAAACAUGACAACACACAUCAUUGCAGCUAGGGGACCAUUAAAAUAAUUUUUUUAUCUUGUGGGGGGACAUGACCAAAGUCUGGACCAAAUUCAUCCAAUAGUUGUUGAGAUGUUACCUUAACAAGUCAAAAAUGUCAACCUUAUGGAGGCGCGAGAGGAAUAGUUGUCUGAUGACCAUGAAUAUCUGUACAAUUCUUCGAAGUUGUUGAUAUAGUUCAGUCUGGACUAAAGUAGUGGUAUAAAGCAUUGCCAUUAAUGGACAAACCAUAAAGCCAUAUACGGUGAAACAUUAAUUAAUAAAUUAAUAAAAACGGAGAUGUACAGCCUUUAAUCAUUCAUCUACUGUAUAACCAGAUAAUGCAGUCACUGUGAGUUUUAAUAAACAGCUAUGCUUGAUCAUUUAACCUGCUUCUUUUGUCUUUUCUUCCAGAAACUUUAGAGAUUCAACUUUUCUUAACUUAAUGUUAUUAUUUUUGCCUCAGAGAAAUGGCUGUAGAAGUCUCAUGUGAAGGAUUGUGUACAGAGGAGUGAACUACCUCCACAGGUUCAUAAAGUGUUUGUCAUCAUUUCCUCCUGUGUGUCUACAGCUCUGAGUCGAUGUGAUCUCUGAACAGAUAUCUGCAUGACUGACUUCAUCUGCUGAGCUAAAAGAGUAACGAGCAUCAGACAAACUCCUGAGUUUAGUGCCUCUGUGCUUCUGAUAUGGCAUAUAUAGAUUACAGUACUAUGGGACUGGUAGUGUAAGAUGUAAAAACACUUUGUAUUUGACAUUGCAUUCAAUCUAUGUAAUAAUACUAUAUACUUAACGAGCUAUUAUAUGCUAUUCUUGGAUGUCUUAUGCAUUAUCUUAUUUCACAUAAGUUAACUCAAUUUAAACUAAUUCAGCAUAAUUUCAAAACAUCAGUGUUACGACAUGCAAAGCAUCAGAUCACGUGUCAUCACCAGGUGGCAUAAAUGCAGUAUAUAAGCAUGUUACGUUUGUACUAUAAUCAUUACAUUCAACUACAGUACAUACGGGUCAUAAGAGGUACUUUAUGUAGUUAAUAGCAGCCUCAUAACACAGCCAAAAUAAAACAGUAAUGUGUCAGCUACAACCAAUAUUCAAAGAUCCCUGAGCAUGAAAAAGCGUUAGUCCUGUAUUACUGUGUGGAUCACAUUAGCGCAUCACACUCCAUGAUUGUGUUUUGAGGCCAAAGUAAAGCCAUAAUUACUGAUGGUUUUGUGAUUAAAAAACUGUCGAAACAUAACUUUUUUUCACAGUAACUACAAUUGUAGUUCAAAAGUAUUUUCCAUGUUGUUUUUUACACUUCAUGUGAAGUAAUAAAGUAAUAUUUGGAUAGGCUGCAGUGUAACCCGCAGCCAUACUCCUCACAGUCCCUUUGGGUUAUUUUUCUUUCACAUAUUGUUUCAUUUGAAUAAUUUUUUGACGGCUGGAGAAUUGAAACUGAACUUAAGUAUUUAACGAUAAAAAAAGCAAAUAUAAGAGAAUAUAAGUAUAAGUAAGUACACAUGACUUUGCAAAGCCGAAUCUUGUUUCAUAGUAUUUCCUACACCAAUAACCAUUUUAUGACCCCUGAGGAGGAUGCAGGUUGGUAACCCCUAGUUACAGUUAUGACCCUAUUUUAUGGUAGGAUUACCCAAGAACUUCAAAUUGGAUUGAAUCUAAAGACCAAAAAAAAAAUUAAAAAAAACAAGUGUCUGAAGAUAUGUCAAUAUGUCAGAUUUAGGAAAAUAACUUGAGAAUAUUCAAUAAGUGACUGUGUUGAUGACCAUAUAAAUUGAUCAGUAGGACGUGGCUUCCAACCCCGGGAAUAAAAAGAUGAUUAAAGGGAUAAAUAAGAAACAAAAUUGUGUUUGACUUUGGUCCAGAUUAAAAUGUCUAACAACCACUGGACGGAUUGAUAUGAAAUUUAGUGCAGACAUUUGUGGUUCCCGGAGGAUGAAUCAUGAUCACUUUGAUUGGUCCCCUGAUUUUUCCUUUAGCGCCACCAUGAGGUUGACAUUUGUCUCAGCUGAUGCAGACAUUAGCCAGUGGUCUUUAUCCUGAAGCAGUGUUGACCUUUGUUGGGACUUAGGGAGAGUCCAGAAUAUAGAAGUAGCCUAUGUAGCUUAUUAGCUGUGUUGCACUAUUUGCUUUUAUUUAACCUCCCUUGUCAGAGUAAAAACUGUUCCACAAAAGAGCAGGUUGACAGUUUUGUGGCAGGAGUUAAUGGCACAAAUAUGUCUUUUGAAUAAAUGUUGUUAGCUAAUGGUUAGCUUGCAGGCUAACUACAGGAGUUCACCCCUGCAAAUAUCACCAUACAGACAGGCCUAUAAUCGGUCUUUGUAACCCAUUUAGAUUUUCUUAUACGUUUUUGUUUUUUAUCCAUGGUAUAUUUCAUUCUGGUAUAUUUCUGUUUAUGCUUUUAUUUUAUAGAAGCCACCUGUGCUCCUUUUAUGGUCGAAGUUAGGCUAUGUGAUAAUUGCCUACAGGCCUAGGCUACUGUCCUUCUAACAUACAAUGUCACUAUAUCUAAUAAAGAACAUGUAGGCUAUUUCUUGUAAAUUAAUCUAUUUUGUGUUUAAUAUUAAAUGCACAAAGGACUUCAGCAUAAAAUAUUUACAGUCUUUCCGCAUCUUCAACUUGCAGUGCAUCAAAUGAAAAAAAGCCAAUUACAAUGCACCCUGCAGUAUAAACUUUUAUUCCGGUUUGUGUUUUACUCUUUAUCAACGAACAACAUGAAUAAAUUUAUUAUGCAUUGUGGUGUAGGCGUGCACCCGCCACCUCCCACUCCCACAAAUCUACUCGGCCGGCACAAACUGCAAAGCCACUAUAGUCACCUUGAAAUUUCCUCUGCUAUUUUCCAAUUAAAAGCUUAAUAGCCCUGGAGACGGGCUUCAUGUGGGGAAGUUUACCGUGCUCUUAUUCUCUGUAAGCCGCGCAGCCUCGGAUCCCAUUAUUUGCUUGAAUAAACCUUUUUUACGGUCAGAAAUGGGCCCCGGCUUUGUCCGGUGUUAUGUUUCAAUGCCCUCUAUUAGUCCAGCAGAAGGGACAUAUCAGCAUCCUCGACAUAGUUCCCAAAGGGCUUUUUAUACAUGUAGAGACCUAAUCAUCUAAGUUAUGUACGAUUGUGUAAAAGGUGCGAGAAGCUACGAGCGUUUUGUCCGUAUCCAGUCUUCGAGCCUGCGGGCCUGCAGGCAACGGGGAGGGUAAUAAUGUACAACCCACGUCCUGACUUUUGAAUGCGUUAUGCUCAUGUUGUUUCCUAAAAAAUAACCUUUGGGGGGAUGUAUAUGUAAAGACUUCCGAAGCAGAAGUCAGAAUUUUGACAGCUGAGAUGUCAAAUUUUUGAUAUCAUUAAAGAGUUGAAUUUUUGGACUUACAGAUCUUUUAAAUAGGCUAGCCUAUUUAUGAUGCUUUUCAGUUUAAAUGUUAAUAUUGCAUUUUUAAAAUGUGAAUGUUAUGUGUCAAAAUGUUUAAAUGGUCAUGUGUUUCAUGCAGAAACUCAGUCCUCCAUAAAUUUAAAGUGUCUCAUCAUUGACAGCUGAGAUGUCCAAAUUACUGAUAUUCUGCUCAAAUGACCUGCUGCAUAUUUUAAAAAAAACUGAUAAGGCACUGACUCGGUCAUUAAGUCCUUUAACUGCCCUGCAUUUGUUAAUGGACGUUUUUUUUCAGGUUGUCUGUUUGCAGGCCAGUUUUGACUGAUUUUUGUUUAUUUUUAGCAUUAACAGAGUAAAAUAGUUGAAUUUGGACCUUGACUUUCAAACCUGCAGAUUUUAUUUCAAGUAUUAAUGGUGCUAUUUUGGGAUUUAGUGUUGAACUGUUAAAACUGAAAUUGUAUUAUAUGGGCUACUUUUAAAAUAGGCCAGCAGACAAUGCACUGACUCCUGUGGAUUUGUUCUUUUAACCCACUGUGAUGUUCUAAAGGAUGUUUGUGUGAUGCAGGAACUCCUGCACCCUGCAUCCUGCAGUCUUAUUAAAUGUCCUACAGGCCAGCUGUUUCUGGAGGUAAUGGUGCAGUUUCUCAUUGAUAAAGCUGAAAUCACCUUUGAAGAAUCUCCUUUGAGCUACAGGAUCAAAAUCUUAAAAUCUCUAAACCACUGAAAUUACAUGGAGAUCAUAUAUGUUUCCACUGCAAACCAGAAUGUUUCUCUUCUUGGGUCUUGACAGACGUGUUUCCCUGAUCUUGACGUUAUUGUCCCUCCCAUUUUUGAAGGAAACUUUACAAACGUGUGAACCUUACAGGAAAACAUGUGGGGUUAUCUGAUCCUCUGGCAGAUUUUCCCCCGCCUCACAUGGACAUUUUUUGCAGCGUGCAGGCGCGUUGACGCGAUUGACAGCGUUUGGUUACUCGUCUCCAUAAGUGCGUGUCAGCCUGAUGCAUAUCUGUGCUGUCAGCCGCGGGAAAGGUGGAUCCUCCAACACCUCUUAUCCUCAUCCUGUCAUGCGUGUGGCAGAGCAGCUUCAUCCAGCUCCAUCUCUCGGACAGCAACAUUCCCGCCCCGCCUCGCCUCUCGGCAGAUGUAACUUGUGCGUCCUGGAAAACACAGCGCGUCUGACAUCAUGAAUGGCUACGGGUCCCCCUACCUGUACAUGGGGGCUCCUGUGUCUCAGCCCCGGGCCCCGCUCCAAAGGACCCCUAAGUGCGCGCGAUGCCGCAACCACGGCGUGUUGUCAUGGCUCAAAGGUCACAAGCGCUACUGCCGCUUCAAGGACUGCACCUGCGAGAAAUGCAUCCUCAUCAUCGAGCGGCAGCGCGUCAUGGCGGCGCAGGUGGCGCUCCGGAGGCAGCAGGCCAACGAGAGUCUGGAGAGCCUCAUCCCGGAGUCACUCAGAGUGCUGCCCGGUAUCGGUAUAUCCGGAGCCAGCGAGGGGAACCAGGGAGCCCCGCCGAGGACAGAGGAGCUGGAGCUGAGGUGGAACAGCGCAGAGGCGGUGCAGGCCGGAGCACAAACAUGCACAGGUGGGAGAAGAGCUGCGAUCUUUAAAUCAGAGCCGACAGAGGACGGUCCUGAUGAGGGGUCAGGGGGUGAGAACGGGGGGAGCUGCAGUGAGAAGGAGCAGGACCCGGUUAGCUCCCCUGAAGGCUCCAAACCAAACUCCUGCUACACCCCUGAGCCUCCAGAAACCCCCUCCCACACGGAGGAGAGCCGCUACAGCCUCCCCAAAGCCGGUAGCGUUGAAAAGGAGUCCAAAGCCGAGAGUCCUCAGAAGUAUCCCGUCAGCCCCGCAGAGCAGAGCGUGCUGAUUGAAGGCCUAGCCGGCUCCAUCAAUCUGCCCUUUAGCCUCCGAGCCAACAGGCCGCCGCUGGAGGUUCUCAAGAAGAUCUUCCCCGCUCACAAGCCUCCUGUCCUCGAGCUCAUCCUCAGAGGCUGCGGGGGGGAUCUAGUGGGGGCCAUCGAGGUGCUGCUGUCCAGCCGGAGUCCUGAUGGGAGCGCGCACCCGCACUCCGACCCGCACCCGGACGCCCUGGUGCUGCCUUCAAACGGACAUCUGUUCGAGCACACGCUGGGCUCCUACCACCCGGUGUCCUCCUCCGCCAAAUGGUCGGUGGGCUCCGCUUUCCGCGUCCCCGAGUCCCUCCGCUUCACAUCCGAUUCCGCUACGGGCGUGGUGUCCACCGGCCCGCUGGGUGUCCCCCUGCAGCACCCGUCCUUCCCUCAGCCCACGCGCUACCCGCUCAUGUUGCGCAACUCUCUGACACGCAGCCAAGCCAACCCCUUCGUGCACAACGACGUGACUCUGUGGAAUACCAUGGCUCUGCAGCAGCAGUACCAGCUCCGCUCGGCGGCCCAGUAUGUGUCGCCUUUCUCCCCCGCAGCACCCGCUGGCCCAGGUGGGUCCGUGUUCCGCAGCUCCCCCAUCCUCUCCUCCAGACCCUCAGAGGAGCAGCGCAUCAGCAUCCAAGAGGAGAGCUGCACGCUGGGAUCCAAACCCGGCCUGUACUCCCCCGAAGAGGAGUACGAAGAACGCUCCGACUCCGCAGACUCCCGCAUCCUGAACUCAUCCACCUAGUAGGCCUAUAGAUGCUGGUGAUGGACUGAUGAUUGUUUGAAUUGAACUGUGUCAUACAAUCACCCUUUGAUAAGGUGAUGUUAACCCUCUAACAUCAUGCUUUCUAGAUGUCACGUGGACACGACCAAAACGGAUGAAUGUAACAGACUCACGUUGUUUUGAAAACUUGUCUUCUGUUUCAUGUAUGCAUGUUUAUUACUGUGAAAACUUUCAAUGUAAGGAUCAUCAAUGCAUGUCAAGAGUAUGCCAAAUAAAUCAGAGUUUCCCAAAUGGAA